ACCCCUCCUGGCCUUUGCCCUCCCUAUUGGACCCUCUCUCUCCCCCACCUUCUCUAUAAAGACCCAAAGUUCACCCUCACUCGGUCUCAUUUUCCUCUGCCAUGGAACCCCAGCGUGCUUUCUCAUCCUACCGAAAGCGCUUCGGGACACCGGGCGGCUCCCCAUCCGUGGGGAUCACCAGCCGCCUCAGCACGGGCCGCCUGUCCCUCCACAGCAGCCCGCGCCACCUCACCUCCAGCCCAGCCACCAUGUCCACCUCACGCUUGUCCCUGGGCGGGGAGCGGCUGGACUUCUCGGUGGACUCCCUGCUGAAGGCCCAGUACCGGGAGACUCGCACCAAUGAGAAGGUGGAGAUGAUGGGGCUGAAUGACCGCUUCGCCAGCUACAUCGAAAAAGUGCGCUUCUUGGAGCAGCAGAACAAGAUGCUGGUGGCAGAACUGAACCAGCUGAGGGGGAAGGAGCCCAGUCGUCUGGGGGACAUCUACCAGGAGGAGCUGAGGGAGCUUCGCAGACAGGUGGACGGCCUCAACGCUGGGAAAGCCAGACUGGAGAUAGAAAAGGACAACCUGGCCUCAGACCUGGCCACUCUUAAACAUAGACUUCAAGAUGAAACUGCCCUACGACAAGAGGCAGAAAAUAACCUUAACAUCUUCAGACAAGAAGUGGAUGAAGCGGCUCUGAACCGUGUACAGCUGGAGAGGAAGAUUGAUGCUCUGCAGGAUGAGAUCAAUUUCCUGAAGAAGGUCCACGAGGAGGAGAUGAGAGAGCUGCAUGAGCAGCUGAUGGCCCAACAGGUUCAUGUGGAUCUGGAUGUGUCUAAACCAGACUUAACUAAUGCCCUGAAGGAGAUAAGAGCUCAGUUUGAGACCAUGGCCAACUCCAAUAUGCAGGAGACUGAGGAGUGGUAUCGCUCAAAGUUUGCUGAUCUGACUGAUGCAGCCAAUCGGAACGGAGAGGCUCUGAGACAAGCUAAGCAGGAGGCCAAUGAGUAUCGUCGGCAGAUUCAAGGCAUGACCUGUGACUUGGAAUCUCUUCGUGGGUCUAAUGAGUCCCUUGAGCGUCAGCUGCGAGAGAUGGAGGAACGUUUCGCCAUUGAGACGGCAGGUUACCAGGACACCGUGGCUCGUCUGGAGGACGAGAUCCAUAUGCUGAAGGACGAAAUGGCAAGACAUUUGCAGGAGUACCAGGACCUGCUCAAUGUAAAACUGGCCUUGGACAUUGAAAUUGCCACCUACCGGAAGCUGCUCGAAGGAGAAGAAAGCAGAAUCACGGUUCCAGUGCAGAAUUUCACCAACUUACAGUUUAGAGACACCAGCAUGGAAACUAAGCUGACUCCCGAGGCACAUGUGAAGAGGAGCAUUGUUGUGCGAACUGUUGAGACUCGUGACGGAGAGAUCAUUAAAGAGUCCACUACGGAGAGGAAGGAUCUGCCGUAAUCAGCUUUAGACUGGAUCAGCUGCAAUUGAAGAGCUUCUUCACUAAUGAUGCGAUCAAAUAUGUGAUUUCUUACCAACUUUCCCUGCUUAUUUUCUCCUAGUGUAUAUAGUUCCUGGGAACAAUUACAUUAGCAACAAUAAGCAAUACUCUUUCUCGUCCUGGGCUUCUCUCUUUACUGUAUCUGUCUUUUUUUUUGUGGCGAAGAGUAUUAGCAUGACUAGUUUAUCGCCGAAUGUGCCAUAAAAAGUCAUAGUUGGAAAGAUGAAAGUAGAAAGUAGAAAAUGAUGUUGCUAGUGGUCAGAGCGGGUACAUGGGGAUUAUAGUUUUUUUUGUCAAGCGCAAACUGUAGUGAUUUUGUUCUGAAAUGUAUUGUAGUCUUUAAGGAUUAUGUAUUAGAUGAAGAAGUGCAGGUUUGGAACCAGAAGUUUUUAAAUCGGAAUGGUCAGUGUUAAAGUAAGGCUGAAGGGUAUUAUGACAGCAAGAUCUUUGUGAGAGUUUUAAAGGGAUGAUGGAUUUUGUCAGCAGUGCUUAUGCAUAUUUUCCUCCUUCACUGUGUAUGCACAAUGUUUUUUGCACAAUAGCUAACUCAUCUCUUUAAAAUGCAUUAAAUUGCUUGUUGACUUGAUUGACAUAUAGAAAAUAUUAAUUCUACAUUUUAAUCAAUUAAAAAAAAUUGUUUUGCUAAAUUCAUUAUAAACAUCUAACAUAGCGUUACCCAUCAUAUGAACAGAUGGAGUUUUGCAACUGAUACCAUAUUACAUUGUUUUAAGAUGCAGUCAUAUUUACCAUUCAUUCCAACAGGAAUACACGUGAUCAGGUUUCCUGUGCAGAUUACGCUCACGUUUGUAAAUUAGCUGCACUGACAAACAAAAAACUAUUUGGUUUUAAAGUGACUUCUGUGUCAAGAUUUAUUGACAAUUAUGGAUCUUUUUUUUGCAUGUAAAAUGUAGCUAAUCUGACUGUACCUUUACUGUGAGAUAAUAAUACUGAGCUAUGUUUUCGGGCUAACUUACCACUCUUGCAUACUGAAUUGGAUGCCCUUCUAUUGUGGUGACUAACAAAAAUAGUAAAAAAAAUAAUUUUUAUUC